GCAGCGGCUUGUUGUGCGCUCGUGCUAGUGCUGCUUCGUAACGUAUGAGAGACGCACUUUCUUGAAUGAAACUCGGUCAUUUUGAAAACAUUCUCAUGCUACACACAUAGACUCUGCACCGAUGUUUUCAUUGUUUUCAUAAAAAGACAGAGUAAAGUAAACUCUGCGGAAAUUUUGAGUCAGCUGGCUGCUCCGCGGAGAUUAAAAGUACGCUAAAAGCUAAAAGGCUGAAGUGGCACCAUGGCGGAUGUUACUGCCCGUAGUCUGCAGUAUGAGUACAAAGCGAACUCAAACUUGGUGUUACAAGCUGAUCGCUCUCUGAUCGACCGCACACGGAGAGAUGAACCCACUGGAGAGGUCCUGUCCCUGGUGGGAAAGCUGGAGGGGACCAAGAUGGGAGACAAGGCUCAGAGGACCAAACCUCAGAAACUGGAGGAGAGACGAGACAAGAGGCGAAAGAGAGAUGAGGACAGGCAUGAUAUCAACAAAAUGAAGGGCUUUACCCUACUGUCCGAGGGUAUCGAUGAAAUGGUUGGCAUCGUGUACAAGCCUAAAACCAAAGAAACCAGGGAGACCUAUGAGGUGCUGCUCAGCUUCAUUCACGCUGCUCUGGGAGAUCAGCCACGUGAUAUCCUGUGUGGAGCAGCUGAUGAAGUCCUGGCAGUGUUAAAGAAUGAUAAAAUGAGGGAUAAGGAAAGGCGGCGUGAAGUAGAGCAGCUUCUUGGACCGGCUGAUGACACACGCUACCACGUGUUGGUAAAUCUUGGCAAGAAGAUCACAGACUAUGGUGGAGACAAAGACUUACAGAAUAUGGACGACAACAUUGAUGAAACGUACGGUGUGAAUGUCCAGUUUGAAUCUGAUGAGGAGGAAGGAGAUGAAGACCAGUUUGGAGAGGUCCGAGAUGAACACUCAGAUGAAGACAGCGAAGGAGAAGAGGCUGAUGUGGGCUGCACUCUUUCAGCAAACCUUGGUGUAACAGGGGAUGUUAUGACAGUGAAGAAGAAAGAUCUACAUCCCAGAGACAUUGAUGCUUUCUGGCUUCAGCGUCAGCUCAGUCGUUUCUAUGAUGACGCCAUCGUCUCACAAAAGAAAGCUGACGAGGUCUUAGAAAUUCUAAAGACGGCCAGUGAUGACAGAGAAUGUGAGAACCAGCUUGUGUUGCUGCUCGGCUUCAACACCUUCGACUUCAUCAAAAUUCUUCGUCAGCACCGCCGCAUGAUUCAGUAUUGCACCAUGCUGGCAAGCGCUCAAAGUGAGGCAGAAAAGGAGCGAAUCAUUGGAAAGAUGGAGUCAGAUCAGGAACUAUCUAAGAUUCUAUACCAGCUGCAGGAGACAGAGAAGGAGGAUAUUAUUCGGGAGGAGCGAUCUCGAAGGGAACGGGUGAGAAAGUCUCGGGUUGAUGACUUGGAAGCGAUGGACAUUGACCAUGGAGAGUCGAUGGCCCCUCGGCAGCUGCUUGACCUUGAGGACCUGGCCUUCACACAGGGAAGUCACUUCAUGGCGAACAAGCGUUGCCAGCUGCCAGACGGCUCAUUUCGCAAACAGCGCAAAGGUUAUGAGGAAGUCCAUGUGCCUGCACUCAAACCAAAGCCCUUUGCAGAUGAUGAGGUGUUGGUUUCCAUUGACAAGUUGCCCAAGUAUGCACAGGCUGGCUUUGAGGGCUUCAAAACCCUGAACCGCAUCCAGAGCAGGCUGUUCAAAACCACCAUGGAGACAGAUGAGAACUUGCUCGUGUGUGCUCCUACUGGAGCUGGUAAGACCAAUGUUGCUCUGAUGGCAAUGCUGAGAGAAAUCGGAAAGCACAUAAACAUGGAUGGUACCAUCAAUGUGGACGAUUUCAAAAUCAUCUACAUCGCUCCUAUGCGCUCACUGGUGCAGGAGAUGGUGGGAAGCUUUGGCAAGCGCUUGGCAAGUUAUGGCAUCACAGUGUCAGAGCUAACAGGAGACCAUCAACUUUGCAAAGAGGAGAUCAAUGCCACUCAAAUCAUCGUCUGCACCCCUGAGAAAUGGGACAUUAUCACCCGUAAAGGUGGAGAGCGAACCUACACCCAGCUAGUGCGACUCAUUAUCAUUGAUGAAAUCCACCUUCUGCACGAUGACCGUGGACCCGUGCUGGAAUCUCUGGUGGCGAGGACCAUCCGUAACGUGGAGCUGACCCAGGAGGACGUGCGUCUGCUGGGCCUCAGUGCCACACUGCCCAACUACGAGGAUGUGGCAACCUGUCUGCGUGUAGAUCCUGCAAAGGGACUCUUCUACUUCGAUAACAGCUUCCGCCCUGUGCCACUGGAGCAGACUUAUGUCGGCAUCACCGAGAAGAAGGCCAUUAAACGUUUCCAGAUCAUGAAUGAGAUUGUCUAUGAAAAAAUCAUGGAGCAUGCUGGAAAGAACCAGGUUCUGGUGUUUGUUCACUCCAGGAAGGAGACAGGAAAGACUGCCAGGGCCAUCAGAGACAUGUGUUUGGAGAAGGACACACUGGGACUGUUUCUCAGAGAGGGCUCAGCCUCCACUGAAGUGUUGAGAACUGAGGCAGAGCAGUGCAAGAACCUGGAGCUCAAGGACUUGCUGCCUUACGGUUUUGCAAUUCACCAUGCUGGUAUGACCAGAGUGGACCGUACACUGGUGGAGGAUCUGUUCGCGGAUCGGCACAUCCAGGUCCUGGUGUCCACUGCCACUCUGGCCUGGGGUGUGAAUCUACCUGCACACACUGUGAUCAUCAAAGGGACUCAGGUGUACAGCCCAGAGAAAGGCCGGUGGACUGAACUAGGAGCCUUGGACAUUUUACAGAUGCUUGGUCGAGCCGGUCGUCCACAGUACGAUACCAAAGGAGAGGGAAUCCUAAUUACGUCACACGGAGAGCUACAGUACUAUCUGUCUCUGCUUAACCAGCAGCUGCCCAUUGAGAGCCAGAUGGUGGGCAAGCUGCCCGACAUGCUCAACGCAGAGAUUGUACUGGGCAACGUGCAGACUGUAAAGGAUGCCGUGAACUGGCUUGGCUACACAUACCUGUAUGUGCGCAUGCUCAGAAACCCCACCCUGUACGGUGUCUCCCACGAUGACCGGAGUUCAGACCCCCUGCUAGAGAGACGCAGGACAGACCUGGUGCACACAGCAGCCAGCGUCCUCGACAAGAACAGCCUCGUAAAAUAUGACAAGAGGACCGGAAGCUUCCAGGUUACAGACCUGGGCCGCAUUGCCAGUCACUUCUACAUCACCCACGACUCCAUUCAAACUUACAACCAGCUGCUUAAGCCCACUCUCAGUGAGAUCGAGCUCUUCAGAGUCUUCUCGCUGUCCUCAGAGUUCAGGAACAUCACUGUGAGAGAGGAGGAAAAGCUGGAGCUGCAGAAGCUGCUGGAAAGAGUUCCCAUACCUGUGAAGGAAAGCAUUGAGGAGCCCAGCGCUAAGAUCAAUGUGCUGCUCCAGGCGUACAUCUCCCAACUCAAACUGGAGGGCUUUGCCCUGAUGGCUGACAUGGUGUAUGUCACACAGAGUGCUGGCAGGUUGAUGCGGGCUAUAUUUGAGAUUGUGCUCAACAGAGGCUGGGCACAGCUGACAGACAAGACCAUGAAUCUUUGCAAGAUGAUUGACAAGAGAAUGUGGCAGUCCAUGUCCCCCCUGCGUCAAUUCAAGAAGCUUCCAGAGGAGGUGAUAAAGAAGAUCGAGAAGAAAAACUUUCCCUUCGAGCGUCUCUAUGAUCUCAACCACAAUGAGAUCGGCGAGCUGAUCAGAAUGCCUAAGAUGGGAAAGACCAUCCACAAAUAUGUCCACCAGUUCCCCAAACUGGACCUGGCUGUCCAUCUGCAGCCGAUCACCCGCUCCACACUGAAGGUGGAGCUCACCAUAACCCCUGACUUCCAAUGGGACGAUAAGAUUCAUGGAUCCUCCGAGGCUUUCUGGAUCCUGGUCGAGGAUGUGGACAGUGAGGUCAUCCUGCAUCAUGAGUACUUCCUGCUCAAAGCAAAGUACGCCCAGGACGAACACCUGGUGACUUUCUUUGUUCCUGUGUUCGAGCCUCUGCCACCGCAGUACUUCAUCCGUGUCGUAUCAGACCGAUGGCUCUCCUGUGAGACUCAGCUCCCGGUGUCCUUCCGUCACUUGAUCCUACCUGAGAAAUACCCCCCACCUACAGAGCUGCUGGACCUGCAGCCACUGCCCGUCACUGCUCUCAGGAACUCUGCCUUCGAGGCGCUCUACCAGAACAAGUUCCCCUUCUUCAACCCCAUUCAGACACAAGUGUUUAAUGCUGUGUACAACAGUGAUGACAAUGUGUUUGUGGGAGCUCCCACCGGCAGUGGAAAGACCAUUUGUGCAGAGUUUGCGAUUCUUAGGAUGUUGCUGCACAACGCAGAGGGUCGCUGUGUCUACAUCACCCCAAUGGAAGCACUGGCUGAACAGGUGUUUAUUGACUGGCACCAGAAGUUCCAGGACAUCCUGAACAAAAAGGUGGUUCUGCUGACAGGAGAAACCAGCACAGAUCUGAAGCUCUUAGGAAAAGGCGACAUUAUUGUCAGUACCCCCGACAAAUGGGACAUCCUGUCGCGUCGAUGGAAACAGAGGAAGAACGUGCAGAACGUCAGCCUGUUCAUCGUGGAUGAGGCACACCUCAUUGGAGGGGAAAAUGGACCCGUGUUGGAGGUCAUCUGCUCCAGAAUGAGGUACAUCUCCUCCCAGAUUGAGCGCCCUAUCCGUAUUGUGGCCCUCAGCUCAUCCCUGUCCAACGCCAAAGAUGUAGCUCACUGGCUGGGCUGCAGCACCACGGCAACGUUUAACUUCCACCCCAAUGUCAGACCUGUUCCUCUGGAGCUCCACAUCCAGGGCUUCAAUGUGAGUCACACUCAGACCCGUCUGCUGUCCAUGGCUAAGCCGGUCUAUCAUGCCAUCAUGAAGCACUCUCCAUCGAAGCCAGCCGUGGUGUUCGUCCCCUCGCGCAGACAGACUCGCCUCACAGCCAUCGAUAUCCUCACCUUCUGUGCCGCUGAUGUAGUUCCUCAGAGGUUCCUGCAUUGCACCGAGAAAGACCUCGCUCCUUUCCUGGAUAAGAUAAAUGAUUCAACUCUGAAAGAAACUCUGGCCAAUGGUGUAGGCUACCUGCACGAGGGUCUGUCAGCAACCGAGCGCAAAAUAGUGGAGCAGCUCUUCAACUCAGGAGCUGUUCAGGUGGUGGUAUCAUCUCGGUCACUCUGCUGGGGCAUUAACAUCUCUGCUCAUCUCGUCGUUGUCAUGGACACACAGUACUACAACGGCAAAAUCCAUGCAUAUGUGGACUAUCCCAUUUAUGAUGUCCUCCAGAUGGUUGGCAAAGCCAACAGACCCAUGCUGGAUGAUGAAGGCCGCUGUGUCAUCAUGUGUCAGGGCUCCAAGAAGGACUUUUUCAAGAAGUUCCUGUACGAGCCGCUGCCAGUGGAGUCUCACUUAGAUCACUGCCUCCACGACCACUUCAACGCCGAGAUUGUCACAAAGACUGUGGAGAACAAGCAGGAUGCUGUGGACUACCUGACAUGGACGUUCCUCUACCGCCGUAUGACCCAGAACCCCAACUACUACAACCUGCAAGGCAUGUCCCAUCGUCACCUGUCAGACCACCUGUCUGAACUUGUGGAGCAAACGCUGUCUGACCUGGAGCAGUCAAAGUGCAUCAGCAUAGAGGACGAGAUGGACGUAGCUCCGCUCAACUUGGGCAUGAUCGCUGCCUACUAUUACAUCAACUACACCACCAUCGAGUUGUUCAGCAUGUCCCUGAAUGCAAAGACGAAGAUCCGCGGGCUGAUUGAGAUCAUAUCCAAUGCCGCAGAGUACAAGAACAUUCCCAUCAGACAUCACGAGGAUGCACUUCUCCGACAGCUGGCACAGAAGGUUCCUCAUAAACUUAACAACCCCAAGUUUAAUGACCCUCAUGUGAAGACGAACCUGCUGCUGCAGGCUCACCUCUCCAGGAUGCAGCUGAGUGCUGAGCUGCAGUCAGACACUGAAGAGAUCCUGAGCAAGGCUGUUCGUUUGAUCCAGGCCUGUGUUGACGUGUUGUCCAGUAAUGGCUGGCUGAGUCCUGCUCUGGCAGCUAUGGAGCUGGCUCAGAUGGUCACCCAGGCCAUGUGGUCCAAGGACUCCUACCUCAAACAGCUGCCAUUCUUCACCUCAGAGCACAUCAAACGCUGCACAGACAAGGGUGUGGAGAGCAUCUUUGACAUCAUGGAGAUGGAGGACGAGGACAGAACAGCUUUGCUGCAGCUCUCAGACGCUCAGAUGGCGGAUGUGGCUCGCUUCUGUAACCGCUACCCCAACAUUGAGCUGUCAUACGAAGUGGCAGAAAAGGACAGCAUCAAGAGUGGCAGUCCAGUUCUGGUGCAGGUUCAGCUGGAGAGAGAGGAAGAGGUCACUGGACCUGUCAUCGCACCUCUUUUCCCUCAGAAACGUGAGGAGGGCUGGUGGGUGGUGAUCGGAGACCCUAAAUCAAAUAGUCUCAUCUCUAUCAAGAGGCUGACUCUGCAGCAGAAAGCAAAGGUGAAGCUAGACUUUGUUGCUCCGGCGAUGGGCGUUCAUAACUACACCCUGUACUUCAUGAGUGAUGCAUACAUGGGCUGUGAUCAGGAGUACAAGUUCAGCGUGGACGUGAAGGAGGCUGACAGCGAUGGAGACAGUGACUCAGACUGAGCAGUAACAUCAGUUUUGUCGACUCUAAAGGCCAUUUGUUUUACAUGGAGAGGGAUCUGUAUGUUAUUUUUUACUGUAGAUAUUCAUCCUGAUUCAUGUCUGUGAGCUUGUCAUUACCAUUUCUGCCCUUUUUGUUUUACUCAGUACCGUUUUGUCACAAAUCAAAUAACAUUAAGGAUAAACACCAGUCCACAGUAACAGUGUACAGGAUCUGUUCAUACAAUCAGACUGAAUCCCUUAUCCCAGUUCUGAGUGUAGUAAGUAGUGGAACUUCGUGUUUACCAAUCAUUACACAGAAAAUGGAUAAGCCAUUUUAGAUUGCUCUUAUUCUAGAUUGGGUCUUUAAUAAGAAAUCCAACCAGUCAUGAUUCUUCAACUGGUUUGUUUUGAAAUGUAAUUCCUGGACUGGUCGAUAUGUUUUUAGUAUGAUGUGCUGUCUUGGAUAUUUUUUGCAAUAAAAAGAAGCCACAUUA